AUGGUGGGACCUCCUGACACGAGAAGGUGGGACAGGCGUUGUGAAUAUCACAAAGAUCAUCGUCAUGAUACAGACAAUUGCUAUGCCUUGAAAGACCACCUCGAGGAAUUGAUGCAAGAUGGUCGGCUCCAGCAACACGUCCGGAAGAGCACAAUCAAAACUGUUGCCCUUCGGCAGGAGUCACCUUCCCUCGGCGUUAUACAUAUGAUAUACAGCCUUCCAAUGCCAUGUACCAUACACUCAAUUCAUUCAGCCCCCCAGAAGCAAUGCACACAAGCGAAACAGCCCCACGAAGCUCCGAGUAUCAUCUUCAACGAUUCUGAUCUUAUCGACAUAAUGCUCCCCCAUAUUGAUCCAUUGGUCAUUGAACUAUCCGUGAAUCAAUUUACCGUCGAAUACGUCCUCAUAGACCAGGGAAGCACUUCGGAGGUCAUGUACUACGAGACCUUCCUCAUACUCAGCUUCAAUGAAUCAGACCUUUCUCUGGCUCCUCAUCCAUUAUUCGGCUUCAACGCAAAUCCAGAGUACCCGUUAGGAAAAAUCACGUUACCCGUUCGGGCGAGCUCUCAAACGGUGGAUGUGGAAUUCAUGGUCGGCAAGCUCCCUUCGCCGUAUAACCUCAUCAUGGGGCGAACUUGGCUGCAUACUAUUCGGGCCGCACCAAGCACCUAUCGUCAGCUGCUACGCUUCCCGACCGAACAUGGUGUUGAGCAAAUCCGUGGUUCCCGGCAAUCCGCACAAGCAUGCUAUCUCUUUUCUGGAAAGACACUAACGGAGAUGCAGCUCAACUCCACUGAAGUGUCAAAUCGAGACAGUCUCGUUGAUGUCGGACGGCUCCCUGACGACAAGCCACGGAAGCUCUAG